AAUACCAAACAACUUUUAUUAUCUUGCUCAAACGAAUCGCGAACUUAGAAGCGAACGCUACGCUUACAAAGUACGUGUGUUUUCUUAAUGUCCGAGGUUACUUACUAACAAUUUUGUGAUAUCUAAUUAUUUUAAUCUCUCGCGCGUAUAAACUGUGUCGGCUGACUGACAGCAUUCUGCACGUAUUUUAAGUUGAACGUGGGUUUGCAGCGGGCAAAAGAUUAAAGGUGCAGUCAGCGAAUUUUUAAGAGGACCUCUUUUGUUGUAAAUAAGUGUUAAAAAUGGAAGUAGAAUAUGGUUCUGAUGGAUCGCCAUUUGUGACAUGGGGUGGUAACAAGAUAAUGCUGGAACUCGAUCCGGCUGUUGACGAAUCUACUAGGGAAGUAGCGAGGAAGGAAUUGAGAGAAACUCCGGAAGUGGUCGAGCAAGCUUUGGUGGAGUUACGACAGCUUUUAAGAAAGGAACCAUCGUUAUACGUGCCCAUAGACAGAGACGACUAUCUCCUGAAAUUCCUCCGACCAUGCAAAUUCUAUCCUGAAAGUGCAUUCAAAAAGAUACAAGCAUAUUACAAGUUCCGGAUAGCUCAUGCUGAUUACUGCCACGACUUAUUACCAUCGGCCAUUCGCUCGCCAUUUGAACAUUCAAUUGUGUCAAUUUUGGCGCCACGGGACCAACAUGGACGUCGCAUCGUACUGGUCGAAUGUGGAGAGAGAUGGAACCCACAAGAAGUAUCCCUCAAAGAAGUUUUCCGAGGCAUUCAAGUGGGGCUUGAGGGAGCGAUGGCAGAGCCAAAGACUCAAAUCUGUGGAGUCAUCAGCGUGUUCGACAUGAAGGGCCUGGCAUUCAAACACAUCAUGCAGUUCACGCCGUCAUACGCCAAGAUGGUCUUAGACUGGAUUCAGGAAUCAGUACCAAUCCGCGUAAAGGCAGUCCACAUAAUCAACCAGCCGUACAUUUUCAAUAUGCUGUUCGCAAUUUUCAAGCCCUUCAUGAGAGAGAAACUUCGCUCCCGUAUACAUUUCCAUGGAAACAAUAUGAACUCCUUGAUGGAACAUGUAGAUCCUAAGGCCCUGAGGAAAAGGCACGGUGGUCUUCUACCUGAUCCUGAGAUCACCGGUGAUGUGUUAUGGAAGAUGCUACGACACUAUGAAGAGGAAUACAAAUUGGCAAAUUCAUACGGCUACGUGCAGAACGUGAACAACAAUAAAACGUAAAUCUAGGUACGUCGAUGCAGUCAUGCAGUACAAAACACAACUCAAUCGCUCAAAUAUUUAAGUACUCGCGUUACGUGUAUAAGAAAAUGUAUUUUUUUGCAUUUUAGACCUUAAGGCAUACUUAGUAAGGUAAUUAUUUGAUAAACAUACGGAUCUAAAUAAAAUAAGCCAAGUUGAAUAGGAAAUUUUUUAUUCUAAUAAUUAUUAUUGACAAUAAAAGUACAAUAUGGUUGGUGUUAUUAAAUAAGGAACCACUUUUUAAAUACAA